AACGAUCUAGCUGGAAUGCACGUCCAUAUCAACGUCGUGAAAAUUUAAAAACAUCACCGGUUACAGAUAUUGUUGUACACAAGUUAGGAGGUGUCAAUUCAACUUUGAAUCACCGGGAUUGUAUUAAGGAAAUUAAAAAAAAUCAAGAUUAUCAAAUGGAUACACAAAAGUGGGAUGAUAUUGGUUAUAAUUUUUUACUGUGUGAUGAUAGUGAUGACCAACAACAAAUUUAUACAGGCAGAGGAUGGAAAUUUACUGGCGCACAUUGUAAAAGUUAUAACGCAAUAUCAUUGGGUAAGAAUACAUUUCUCUUUUAA